AUUCAUGUCUCUCAUUCUUCAAAAUCUUUACUUAGGAAGUGUUAGCAUUGCCAAGGAUAUUAAGUUUAUUAAAGAAAAAAACAUUAAAUAUAUACUUAUCUGCGCAAAAGGAUUAAAAUAAUAUUACCCUAAUAUAGUCUAAUAUAAGUAACUUAAUAUUUCUGAUAAUCCUUGCACUGUAAUCAUUACUCAUUUUCCAGAGUCUAUUGAAUUUAUUCAGACUAAUAUAAGUACCUUUUUAAUUAUUUACUUUUAGAAAAUGCUGCUAUUUUAAUCCAUUGCUUAGGUGGUAAAUCUAGAUCAGUUUCAAUUACAAUUGCUUAUCUUAUGUUUUUAUUACAUGUAACCUAUGAUCAAGCAUUUUAACAUGUAAAAUAACGUCAUUUUGAAGCCUAACCUAACGCUGGUUUUAUUAAGUAAUUAAAAACCUUUCAAAAAGUGUUAUAAAUUUAUGGUAAACCAAAGUAAAAUGAUUUCAAAGCCCUAAAUUAAAUUUUAUUUGAUAAUAAUGUCGAAACUUAAGUUAAAAUGAAGCUAAGCUCAAUUUAGUUUAAAAAUAAUUAUGAAAUACAAGAAAACUAAGAUUAAGAAGACAUUUAAGAAGACUUAGAUAUUUAGUUCAUUUAAUAAAAUGAAAAAUAAUGA